ACCUCAAACUCAAAAAAAAAAGAAAAAAAAAAAAGAAAAAGAAAGAGCUGAACAGUGUGGAACCGCUUUCUUCUGAAAAUCGUUAAAACCAAAUGGAAAACUCAGACCACAACGAACCCGAAAAGAAGAGGCCUCACCUCACUUCCGUUUCUUCUCGCGUGGCGCGAAACUCUCCAUCGAACAACAAAACCGCUGAUGCUGGAGUCUUACAAGCACAGAACCAGCAGCUCGUUCAAAAGAUUGACAUCCAAAAGCGUGCUUUGCAUGACCUUGAAGAAAAAAUUAGAGAGUUAAAAGAGCGGCAAAAUACCCAUGAUGAUUUGUUAAUUGCAGUGAACCAAUGUUGGAUUCAGUUGUCUGAUGAUCUGACUCUUCUUGGUGUACGAGCUGGUAGAAGCAAAGAUGCAUUACAAACACUAGAUUACCAUAAUAACCGUCAAGGUUCACUUCCUUCAUGCCCUGCGGAGGAUAUAUUUCUGUGUAGAUUGAUCCAGAAAGAUUCUGUUGGUGGAAACAGUAUUGGUGAGAGAAUUAAUUAUGUUGAAGAAAGCCUUGCUUUACGCCGGUCAUCUACGUUAGAGUUGUUGAAACUCCUUCAAGAUACCAUGGAGGCUCAGAUGGAAAGAAUUGACAGUAUAGCCCAGGUUUUGCAUGGCGAGUUAUCUUCAGAAGAUGCUAUAAUUCAGAUGUCUCAGAUUGAUGACAUGAUGAAAGAAGAGGAAAGUAAUUUACGUGAAAUCAUUAAUGCUCUCAAUGAUUCACAUAAAGAGUAUACUAUUGGAAUUCAAAGUUAUAUCAGUUGGUGCUUACAAGAUCAGUCUGAAGUUAAACGCCUUGCAGGUGACCUUGAAGAGAGCAUAACUGGACUUGAAGAGAGUAGAAGAAAACUAGUCAAUCUGAAAAUGCAAAAGGAUGCAGUGCACGGAAACUUGUCUCCUGAAAAACCCACAGACAGGACUAUGAGUUUGCGUGAACUGAAGGAUUCAAUUGAGGAAGCAAAGAUACUGAAUGCUGAUCGUCUUACUGAGCUUCAAGAGGCACAUGAAGAAAAUGAAACCUUGACAAAGCAAUUCCAAGAUUUUCAGAAUGAACUGAAUGAUGACAAGUAUAUACGCACUUCCAGAAUAUAUUCAUUGACGAAUGAUCAACUUCAACAUUGGAUUGCUGAGUUAGCUCGGUAUAAGAUGUUGGUAGAGUCUUUGCAGGCGGGAAGUGUCCAUGUCACAAAAUGGGAGAAAGAGCUGAACUCCAAAUUGGAGUCUGUUGAUACUGCAAGGCAUGCCAUUGACUGUUCAGAUUCCAGGAUUGAAGAGCUGGAGGUUCAGUUGCAGAAGUGUACUAUUGAAAAGAAUGAUCUUGAAAUUAAGAUGGAAGAGGCUAUACAAGAUACUGGGAGAAAAGAUAUCAAAUCCGAGUUCCGUGUGAUGGCUUCAGCUUUGUCCAAAGAAAUGGGAAUGAUGGAAGCUCAGGUGAAGCGAUGGAAGGAUGCAGCUCAUGAGGCGGUAUCAUUACGCGAGAAAGCUCAUUCACUAAGAGCCGUGUUGAGUGGGAAGACAAGCGAAGUUAGCAGCCUUGCAAACAAAUGUACUGAACAGGAUUUGGAAAUCAAGUCUUUAAGAGCAUUGAUUGAAAAGUUACAGAAGGAGAAACUAGAGUUGGAAUUCAUUCUGGAAAUGCAUGGACAAGAGAAUUAUGAUAAAAGUACUCUGGCAGAAAUUAGAGAAUCUGAAAAUAAAGCCCACUCUCAAGCUGAAAUGCUGAAAAAUGCUUUAGAUGAACAUAGUCUUGAGUUAAGAGUAAAAGCUGCUAAUGAAGCUGAAGAAGCUUGUGAACAAAGGCUUGCUGCUGCAGAAGCUGAAAUAGAGGACUUAAGAGCCAAGCUGGAUGCAGCUGAGAGAGAUAUUUUGGAGCUGACUGAGGCUAUUAAAGUGAAAGAGGCUGAGGCAGAGGCAUAUAUAUCUGAAAUCGAGACUAUUGGUCAAGCAUAUGAAGAUAUGCAGACACAGAACCAACAUCUGAUGAAGCAGGUGACUGAGAGGGAUGACUAUAAUAUCAAGCUUGUAUCAGAAAGUGUGAAGACAAAACAAGUACACAGUUCUUUAGUGGCUGAGAAGCAGGCCUUGGCAAAGCAACUUCAACAAAUUAACUCUUUAAUUGAUGCCUCAAAAAUGAGGAUUGCACACGUUGAGGAACAGAUGAAGGCUGUUCUAUCAGAAGGCAUCAAAUGUAAUCAGGAGGAAAAAAACCUUCAUGUCACCCUGGAAUUUGCCAAGUGGGAAUUGGCUGAUGCUGAGAAGGAGUUAAAGUGGCUGAAGUCUGCCCUUUCCUCUUCGGAGAAAGAAUACGACCAAAUACAGAAAGAUGUGGCAGCAGUUGAAAUGGAAUUAGAAAGUGAAAGGAGUUCACGGAUGAAGCUCGAGGAAGAACUCAGGGAAGUGAACAGGCAAAUCGCCGAGCUGAGUUCUGAAACCGGUGAAACCGCAAUACAAAAGCUCGAAGCGGAGAUAAAGAUCUGUAAGAACAUGAUUAAGUGCACCGUCUGUUCUGAUCGGCCAAAGGAGGUGGUGAUUGUCAAAUGCUAUCAUCUGUUCUGCAAUCCAUGCAUACAAAGAAAUCUAGAGCUCAGGCACCGCAAGUGCCCUGCAUGUGGAACAGCAUUUGGACAAAGUGAUGUUCGCUUUGUUAAAAUAUGAGACUCAUGUUAGUGUACCUUGUAUACUUAUUGAUCACUGUUGUUGGUAUUGGUACUUAGUUACUACUUGCUCGUUCUUUUUUCUGUCAUUGUUGAUUCAAAGGAUUACCAAAUUAUCACGGUGACACAUAAAAAAGAAUGGAGGAAAUAAUUACAAACUUGGAUCAUGCUUCAUCAAAUAUUUCAUUCGUGGUUCAAGACUU